CUCGGCACGUAUAGCUGAUUUGCAAGCUGCCGAAGCAGCAACAGAGAAGGAGGGAAAAUGUCGCUGGCGUCGACGCCGACCGUUCCAGGAUCAGUGUCUUUUUAGGAAACUUCACAAGGCAACCCGAGUGAAUCUUCUGCUGUGUUGUUGGCUAGACUGGUUACAGCUUUGUGAAAAGAAAGUGAAAAGUUUUGACUGUUUCAAUGUGGGAGGUUUUACCUGGACUGUAGCGAGGUCCCAGUUUACCUCCCACUAUAAGAAGUUUAAAACAGAAGGGUAUACAAUAACACUGCAUGGGCACUUGAGGCUACCCGAUUGAUAAUUACAGCCUCUGGAGCCUCCUCCAACAGCAGGAAAGGUACAAUUUCAGCAAAGACAUGGACCCAUCAGCAAGGGUGGUGGGUCUGGAUGCCCAGGGGAACAUGGUCUUCACGGUGGUGAAACCAGUUAUGGGCAUCUUUCAGGUUUCUUCAGAGCAAGCUGGUAGUGUAGUACACGGGGGCAUAGACCUGCAGGGUUUAUCUGACAGCACACUGGUCUUGCCUCAACUGCAGGACCAGGCUCCACUAGAUCAGAACCAGGUGGAAAUGCACAACAUGCAGCCUCACAUCCCACCCCAGAUGCAGGUUUCUGCACCUAUCCAGGAUAAGGAUGUGCCUCAGAAUCAGGAGCUGCCACCAAACUCAAGCACAAACACAGCGUCUAGGACCCAGAUGCCCUUUGCCGAGGUGUCGUCCCUCCUGGAUCCCAACAUGAAAGGAUCCAAGGCUCGGAAGUAUCUUAUCUCAUAUGAUGAAAUUAAGCGGCGCCUGCAGGCCCCAGAGAAAAUGUCACUGCGCUCUUUGGCAGCGUACACUCGGGUCAGCAGAGGUCCAGCCAGCAAGAAAACAUUACAGGAGUCACUUAAUGUCCUCGGCCUCACACCAAGCACAACUACCUCUGUAUCCUCCUCGUUCUCCAAACUCACUGAAGGCGACACCAAGGCUUUAUGUGAGGAUAUGAAAGAUUUUGCCCACGACUACAUUGACUACGGCAACAUGGCUAAACAGCUCAUCCCUGAGACAAACACAGUCCAACACUGGUCCAAAAUUAUUGAAACUAAGAAUCACCUUGAGGACAUGAGAAAAUGUUUCAAGGACCCGGUCAACAGUGGCGCCUUUGACAACGUUACUCACGGCCUCGGCCUGGGAAUGUUAGAUGAGGCUCUGGACAUGAUCGUUAUGGUCAUCGAGCAGCAGAUCCGCAUCUUAUCUGGUGCAGCGGCGUCAGACCCAAGUGAUUCUGGUCCGCCAAUGCGACGUAUCCGUCGCCGCCACCGCAAAGCCCACUUAAAUGACACCCAGAAACCGCAAAAGGUUUCUGUGGGGGGGAAAGACCAAGGAAAGAUCAUCUCAAAAGGCAAGGGGCGAGGCAAAGCCAGGAAGAAAAUCAGACACGAGAGUGCAGCUGUUGCUCCAGUAGAAACCCAGACGGAGCACUGCAAACCAGAUGAUGUGCAGCGCAACGUCCUUAUGCUUACUCUUGGAUAUGAGACUGUUUCCAGUGGUGUCAAUGGAGCCGGAGCGGUUUGACACCCAGUCAUGUGAUAGGUCUGAAGAACCCAUAACAUUCCCAAUUUAUAGGUUUAGUUAAGAAUGGAACACUCUGCGCAGGCUGAGCUGGGUUGAGCUUCUGAGAACAGCCAGCACAGCGUCAGAAUAUAAUGCCACACAUGGAGUCUUAACCCCCAUUUAUACCUGGUAUUAACAUCCACCCUGAGUGGUCCGAUCCAGUCCAGACUGCGCCAAGUACAGGUCUGAACAAUGUGUCCACAUUCGGAGAUGGUUUGAGGACGUACAUGGCUACAUUUAUACUGGCAUGAACACAAUCCAUUCUCAGGAUGGAUUAGAGGCCGUCUCCUUAAACCGACAUCUCUGACUGGCAGUCGUUCCAUGAUAUUUGUUUGUUGUUUUUGAAGCACAGGAAGAGCUUUGAUUCACAAAUCACAGCUUCUGUCAUCUCUUUCUCUCUCUCUCUCUCUCUGUCACUCGCGCACAGACAGACAUGUUGACAGCAGACAGACACAUUGUCAACACACUGAGUAUCCAGACUCAUUAAAAACAGAAUUUUGUUCUCGCAAACAGCCGUGACAUCACUGAAGGUGUUGAUUAAAGGGUCUGGUCGCCAGAUCUGACACAUCUCCAGGAUGCAUUUCAAUGCCAGGCGUGAAUGCACUUUUGUAGUGAGCUGAGGCGAUACGAGAGUGAGAGACGUCCGACACAAGAAUCAAGCCCAACAAUGCGGAACUGUAGAUCAGUUAAAAAUUCUUAACAAUCCUAAAAACGUGGGUUGAUCUCAAUUACCAGGAAAAAGUCUAAAAUCUCAAUAUUUAACAGAGGAGUCUGGUGUAUCUAGCGACAGCACUGCUGAUCACAAACCCUGCUGCUGUAUUUCAGUUCAGCGACAUUCAGACGGAGUCUGUGCUCCAGUAAUGAAGGAAGUACUGAACAAAUAUUUUUAAUUAACUGAUUCUAAUGAUUGAGUUACACUGAAAACAACUGCUUUACAAGUCACUAGUCACUCGUUUGUGUGUGUGUGUGUUGCGUGGAAAUUGAAGUCACCACAGUUUCAUGCAACAGUGCAGUGCUGGCUCCGCCUACGUUGAGUAGGUACUAUUUUUGUAGUGGAAAACCAACCUAAACCGUGGAGAGGCAAGCUGAGACCAUAGUGGAAAAGGGCCUUAAUGUUGCUGGAGGUAGCUGGUGGUUAACGUAACUUAGCAAAGCAAGUUAAGAAACGGGUAAUCCUUGACUCUGUCCAUCUCUCUCCACAAUAAAAAUCUGAAUUUGUUUAAUCUGUGCACGAAAAACCUUCACACAAAAACAAAUAUUGUCAAAUAUUGUCAAAUAUUUAGUAUCUUUGGUGUAAAAAGCUGGCUUGUCAUUGACUUAUAAAAUUAUCCAUGCUGAUAAACACAGUAGUUACCUUGAGACAGAGUCAGGUGUCAAGUGUUUUCCCUUCUUCCUUUCUUUCUUUAUGUGAAGCUAAGUUAACCAGCUGUGGGGACGUGCUCACUGUACAAAUAUGAAGAUGGUCUCCAUCAUCUCAUCUAGCAGGAAAACUAAAGAAACUAUAAGCACAUUUCCCAACAAUGAUGAAACAUUUCUAUUCUUAUAUUUUCACAGUAGCAGGUUUAAAUGAUACAUUUAGAUAUUAGUAUCAACCGAAGCCUAUCAUUUACUCAAGUUUUAUUUUAGUAAACGGAUAAGAUCAAAUAAUAUUAGAUUAUUGUUAUGAGUAUCCUUAUUUUUGCUGUUACAGUGUCUGCUGUUAUUUUUUAUUUAUGGUCUAGAUUUCCUUAUUGUUCAGUACUUGAAUAAUGAAAGUCAUCGUCUGUGUGUACUGGAACCCAAAGAGCUGAGUAAAAAACAAAGAUUAAAAUUUCAUAACAACAUGAA